GAGCGCCUGCUGCGGCGGCGGCGCGCGGGCCCGGCCGGGGAGCGCCCGGCCCUGCUGGCGCUGCGCGGCUUCUGCGCGCUGCACGCCGGGGACGCGCCGCGCGCCCUGGAGGACUUCCAGGCGGUGGUGGCGCGCGGCCCGCCCCACCCCUGCGGCUGCGUGCGCGCCCUGUGCGGCCGCGGGCUGCUGCGCGUGCUGGCGGGCAGCGCCUUCCUGGGCGCGCUGGACUAUGUCACCGCCUGCCGCCUGCGGCGCGAGGAGGCGCUGCUCGUCGCCAAGGCCUGGGUGCCCUGGAACCAGCGCGGGCUGCUGCGGACCGUCCUGCGGGAGGAGGCCCGGACGCUGCUGCGGCGGGCGGCGCGCGAGGCCGCGGACGGAGCGGGCCCCGCGGCGCAGGAAGGGGACGCCCAUGGCGUGCUCCAGCUGGCCUCGCUGCUGCUGGAGCUGGACGCGGAGGACGAGGAGUCGAGGCUGCUGGUGGCCGAUGCGCUGUACAGCCUGGGCCGCCUGGACGAUGCCCACAGGGCCCUGCUGCUGGCCCAGUCGCGCAGGCCCCCCGCCGCGCCCGCGCUGGCCCGGCUGGCUCUGCUGCAGCUGCGGAGGGGCUUCUGCUAUGACGCCCACCAGCUCGUGAAGAAGCUGGUGCAGUGCGGGGACACGGCCUGUCUCCAGCCCACCCUGGGCGUCUUCUGCCAUGAGGACCGGCAGCGGCUGUGGCAUCUCUGCCACACGCGGGCAGUGGCCACUCUGCGGGCGCGGCCGGGCGUGGCCGGGGAGCAGACUCACCUCCGGGAGGCCGUCGCCUACCUGUCUCUGGCCAUCUUCGCCGCGGGCGGCAGCUGCCUGCCACCCCCAGGCACCCAGGCUGUGCCAGGCACUCAGGCCGGCCAGAGCCUCCUGGCCCGAGCCCGCUGCUACGCGCUCCUGGGCCAGAGGAAGACCGCGCUGCUGGACUUCAACGCCGCGCUGCGGGCCGAGCCGGGGAACGUGGCCGCGCUGUGUGGCCGAGCACUCCUGCACCUGGCGCUGGGCCGGCAGCAGGAGGCUGUGGACGACGUCCUCUGUGCCCUGAAGCUGGACCCAAGGGCCGCAGUGCCUGAGCUGCGUGCGCUGAAGCCCGAAGUCCAGGCGCUGGUCACGCAGGGCCUCUCCUCCCGCUGCCGGGCCCUCCUGGGCCGCGUGAAGGACGCGAGCACCACGCUCAGCCCCGACGACGCCCGGGGCCUCCAGGCCGCCGCAGAGGCACUGGUCAGCCUGGACAGCGGGCGGUGCAGCGGGCACAUCCUCCUGGCAGAUGUGCUCACCGUGAGAGGCAGCUACGAGGAGGCUGGUGCCCGCCUGCAGGCAGCCCUGCACCCCUGCCCACCAUCAGAGGCUGCCCGGGCCCGGCGUGGUCUCCUCCAGCUCAAGAAGGGGGACGCCGCGGCCGCCGCGCGCGACCUGCAGGGCCUGGCGGAGACCGAUGCCAGCGACCUGGGCUUCCUGCUGGGGCUCCUGGACGCCCCGGAGAGGCAGAGCCUUGCUCAGGCCGCGGCCCAGGAAGCCAGCAGCCUGCUGCGGUCAGGACAGGCCGGGCCAGCGCUGGGCUACUGCUCGCUGGCGGUGCUGGCCAGCGCGGACCAGGCCCCGCACCUGCGCCUCCGGGCCGCCUGUCUGGCGGAGCUGCAGGAGUUUGACCGGGCCCUCGGGGACCUGGGCCUGGUUCUCCGGGAGGGCUCCGGGGCUGGCGACGCCUCCACGCGGGCCGAAGACUUCUGCUCCCAGGGGCGCCUGCUGCUGGGGCUCGGGGACGAGGCGGGGGCCGCGCGGGCCUUCGUCCAGGGCCUGCAGCUGGCGCCCCUCCAGGCCCGGAGCAGCCUGGAUGAGCGGCCCGGCCGGACCACCGCGGCACGCCUGCUCUUGGGCUGGGGACAGCGGUGCCUGGAGGAGCAGCGGUUGGCGGAGGCCUGGGCGGCAGUGGACGCAGGCCUGGCCCUGGACCCCUCUCACGGCAGCCUCCGAGGCCUGAGGACCAGGUUGCGGAGGGAGGCGGCCUCUGGCUGCCAGCUCCACUGACCGCCUCAAGGACCCCGGUCCCACGGCAGAGCCCCACUUCCGUGGGGUCUGAUCCCAGGGGACCUGGACCUCCUGGUGAGCUGGGGGCCAGUUGAUCCCGGCCACUCUGGCCAAGCUGUCUGCAGCCUUGGCCCUGCUCUGCUGGCCGGUGCCUCAUCCUGGCCCACGACUACGGGCUCGGGGCCGGCCCUGCCCACUACCCAGCCCUGCAGGGACCACCCAGCACCCCACAGUGCAGUUAUGGCCCUCUCCCCGCCCCCCGCAUGGCCAGUGGGAGCACAGGGACGGGCUCCAUGCACCCCACACCCCAUCUUCGUCCUCCUCCCCCUUGAGAUGCUCACAGUUGCUGCCAAUGCAGGAUCACCCACCACCACCCUCUCCCAGCCAGCUGGGCAUCUGCAGAGGUGCCCAGGAGCCAGGACUGAGGUCACAGAAGAGACCCCAACUCAGAGAGAAGGGCCGAGGUCAUGAAAGGGGUCCCUGGGUUUUGCCCGACCACCCUACCCGCCAAAUCUCACCCGCCUUUCUGGGCAGCGCUGAGCCCCACCCUGAAAGCCCUCAGCACCCUGCAGAGGAGGUCCCAGGCCCCGCCCGUGGGUGGCUCCAAGGUUGAGUAGGCCUCUCGGGCAGGAGGGAGAAGGCCCUGCUCUCCCCAGCCCCGGGACCCGCCCCUGCCACCCACCCACGUGUGCCCAGGGUGUCCUGAGCCAGUUAGCAGGUGCACGGAGAGAUGACCCGCAAGGCCUUGAGUGGCCCAGACCGCAACUCCCGGCAGGAUGAGCCCCACCCGCUGCGAUGUGCCCGUCUCACAUGUCACCAGGCAGUGUUCAUGACCAGUGCACACAGCAGCAUGAAACUUGGGUCCAAGAGGAAAUCAAACCUGGAAUUGCAGAAAAUUGGGGGAAACUGAGCAAGCCACCAGGAUGGCAGCCCUGCGACCCAGCAGGGAGCCCCGCGGAGCAGCCCCAGCUCCAGACUCGGCUCAGAAGCACGGAACCCGGUGGCACGAGGCACUGAAGCCGGAGGGAGACUCGGGAACUGAUCAAUGCAGAGAAGAAACGUGGGGGGACUCGUAGCCCAACAAAGGUGCCGAGAAUAAAACAUGAGCUGAGGGCAAAGUCAGUUUGGGAAGAUGGAAACUUAGUCAAGCUGGCCGGUCUCAGACACCUGGACCCCACCUGGAUGGGCACACCUGGGCCCCACCUGGAUGGGGCCCCUGGGGCCCAACUGGAAAACAUCCCCAGUGGUGCCCACUACAGCCACAUCACUGGGGAUUUUGAGAACAAGUGUCUCAAGUAGUGAAUCAAGACCUCUGCCAGCGGCAGCUGACAGUGGGCCACGGGGAAGGGCAGCCCACAGCAGGAGGGCCUCUCCCAAGAGGUCUCUGUCCUUCCUGGCAGAGGAAUGCAAAGCCUCCCGCCAGCCCCCUACCCCAGGAAGGCCGGGUCAGCACCGAGUGUCAGCGGUGCCAGCCGGGCACGGUGUAGGUGAGGCUGUGCGGGUGGGGGAGCUGGGCCAGGGGCGCACUGCCCGGGGCUGCCUGUGCCUCGUGCCACCGCACAGGGAGUCCAGACCCCCGCCCAGA